CUGAACAGCAGCUGCCUGUGAGGACCCCACAGCCUGAGUCCUGGGAACCGUCAGUGGUUGAUCACCGGAAGGAUGUCCAACCAGGACCUGAGCAUCACUGCAAAACUCAUCAACGGAGGUGUGGCAGGACUCGUAGGGGUGACCUGCGUGUUUCCCAUUGACCUUGCCAAGACCCGACUCCAGAACCAGCAGAGGAAAGAUGUGUAUAAGGGAAUGACAGAUUGCCUGAUGAAGACUGCACGUGCUGAGGGCUUCUUGGGCAUGUACCGAGGGGCUGCAGUAAACCUCACCCUGGUCACUCCAGAGAAGGCAAUCAAGCUGGCAGCCAAUGACUUCUUGCGGCAGCUGCUCAUGCAAGAUGGGACACAGCGGAACCUGAAGAUGGAGAUGCUGGCUGGGUGUGGGGCUGGAAUAUGCCAGGUGGUGGUUACCUGUCCCAUGGAAAUGCUCAAGAUUCAGCUGCAGGAUGCUGGCCGCGUAGCUGUCAGUCAUCAGGGCUCCGCCUCAUCAGCACCCACCUCCCGGCCCUACAGCACUGGCUCGGCUUCCACCCACAGGCGCCCAUCUGCUACGCUCAUCGCCUGGGAGCUGCUGCGCACUCAGGGCCUGUCUGGGCUCUACAGGGGCCUGGGUGCCACUCUGCUCAGAGACAUUCCCUUCUCCAUCAUAUACUUCCCCUUGUUUGCGAACCUGAACCAGCUUGGGGUCAGCGAGGUCACCGGCAAGGCCCCCUUUGCACACUCCUUCGUGGCAGGCUGCGCAGCAGGUUCUGUAGCCGCGGUAGCUGUCACCCCUCUGGACGUUCUGAAGACUCGGAUCCAGACCCUCGAGAAAGGCCUGGGUGAGGGCACCUACAGUGGGGUCACUGAGUGUGCCAGGAAACUCUGGGCACAGGAGGGAGCGGCUGCCUUCAUGAAGGGAGCAGGCUGCCGGGCCCUGGUCAUUGCCCCCCUCUUUGGGAUCGCCCAGGGCAUCUACUUCAUUGGCAUCGGAGAACGCAUUUUAAAGUGCCUUGAGUAAUCUAAGGUGUCCCUCACUUGCU